UUGUACACGGAAGGUCGUGUCCCCAUCUGCGGGGUUGAUACAUUUAUAGGGGCAAAAAUGAUGUCUGCUGUCGUUCGGCACGGGGUUCUUUCCCCAUACUACCAAGCAACGAAGCACACAGUUAAAAGCCUGGUGUUCCCCGGAGCCGCGGAGCUGUUUCCCGCUGCUGCUCCAGCAGGAACCCGUCUUGCCCACACAGACAUCAAAAUCCCCGAUUUCUCAGAUUACCGCCGGCCCGAAGUUUUGGACCCCCACAAAUCCUCCCAGGAGAGCAGUGAGAACAGGAGGGUCUUCUCUUACCUGGUGACCGGAGCCACCACUGUAGUCGGCGUCUAUGCAGCCAAGACGGUGGUCACCCAGUUCGUCUCCUCCAUGAGUGCGUCGGCUGACGUCCUGGCCUUAUCCAAGAUUGAGAUCAAGCUCGGCGACAUCCCAGAAGGCAAAAACAUGACCUUCAAGUGGAGAGGGAAGCCCCUAUUCGUCCGUCACCGCACAGAGAAGGAGAUCGCAGCAGAGGCGUCUGUGAAUAUCGGAGAGCUUCGCGACCCCCAGCACGACAAGGAUAGAGUGCUCAACCCCAAGUGGGUCAUUGUUCUGGGAGUGUGCACCCAUUUGGGUUGCGUGCCCAUCGCUAAUGCCGGAGACUUCGGGGGUUACUACUGCCCCUGCCACGGCUCCCACUACGACGCCUCCGGAAGAAUAAGGAAGGGCCCAGCCCCCCUGAACCUGGAGGUUCCAUACUACGAGUACCCCGAUGAAGACACGGUUGUGGUGGGAUAA